AUGACACUGGAAGCCACAAAGGAUGAAGCUAAUGUCGCUUCAGACAAACUUGAUAGUGUUCUAGUUGUAGAAGUUGCCAGUGGAAAAUUCAUAACUAUUAGCGAUUGCAUUAAAAACAUCGUCAUCGACUUGAACGGGAAUAAUUUCCAUGAGGAGUUGUCGCCCAUUGAGUUGAAUGGUUUCGACAUCGUGUUCAGAAUGGAUUGGCUUAGUGCAAAUGAUGUUGAGAUACUAUGCAAUAGGAAGAUGGUGAGAGUAAACCCACCUGGAAAUGAGGCUGGUGAUUUGUACCUCACCAUUGGGGAUUUUGUUAAAGAGUGGCUACCUACGGUACUAAAUAUGUCACAUCGAAGCUACCCUUCUUGUCAUAUGACAUUUGCCUUCAAUGUUGAUGGGACAUGCGAGAUGGAAAUCUUCAAGGAAACAAAGAAGAAGUUUUCAUUAAAGUCAAAGAUCCAGGUCCUUGUUAUUUAUAUGGAGGAAUGGUCUAUCAACCCUAGAAAAACUAAGGCACUUGACAAAGUAUCACUAGAAAUUGUUAAUUUGAAAGUUGCAAAUAAUCCUCUGAUUGAAAUGCCCUUCAAAAAACUAGAAAACUGUAACCAAGUUGUUAAAAUUGGGAAACAGAUGAAGUUAUCAUUAGUCAGUAUUGUUGGAAAUGAUAUUGGUCAGUGGAAUAAAAAACUAAUACUUGUGUGGGUGCUCUUAGCUUUCGGUGAUGAAAAUGGUAAAAUGGUAACUCUACUUUCUUUUCAAGCUUAUUUAUGGCAAUUGAUGCGAUUCAACAUCCUACAACUUCUCAAGUACUUAAGAUCUUAUUCACUUGGUAAGGAAUUCAAUAAUGUUGAUAUUUUAAAUUGGGCUAAUACCAAAGUCAGAAGCACUGGAAGCCAGAGCUGUAUGAAGAGCUUCAAGGGUUUAUCAGAUGGCAUAUUAUUCAAUGAGAUACUUAGUGUUGUGUGGCCUUGUGUUAUUAAUUGGCGCCUCGUUACAAAAGGCCAUACUGAUAAUUACUAUUGA